CAUUUAUCUAUCUUCCUUGCUUCCCAUUCACUUUCCUCUCCUUAACUUUUACUCACUCCCUGAUCAUAUAAUCAUAUCAUAUAACCAUCUACUUCUCCCCCCUCUCUUUAUCAAAUUGAGUGGAUUAAAAGAAACAUACUUUAUCAUUCCCCUUUUUUCUCUCUUCCUCUUCUUCUAACUCCAGCUUUACUAUCACUUUCUGUUUCCUCAUUUGUCCCACACACACACACACACACACACACACACAUUCAGGCAAGCCUGACUUCAUAGACAUUUUCAGUUAAACUGAUUCACUGAACCUCAUAAGGAUUAAUUGAUUCCUUUCUGGGAUUUUUGUUAUGGAGAGGGAGAAUCUGUUUUUGAGUGAAGGGUAUGGUAAUUUGCAUCAGAACACUGAGAUGACAGAGCAGCAGUUUCAGAAUUGCUUUUUUAAUCCCAAUUGGGACAAUUCUAUGGAUCAAAAUGAUCCCUUUGAGUCUGCAUUGAGCUCUAUGGUGUCAUCUCCGGCAGCCUCCAACGCCGCUUCCGGCGGAGUUCCGGGCAAUGGCAGAGGAGGAGGAGGGCAAGGGGAGCAUGUUGUGCUCAGAGAACUCAUUGGUAGGCUUGGCAGCAUCUGCAAUUCUGGUGAAAUUUCACCUCAGUCUUAUGUUGGUGGGAAUGCAAGUACUAACAAUUCUUGUUAUAGUACUCCUUUGAAUUCCCCUCCUAAGCUGAAUUUGUCAAUGAUGGAUCAUCAGAUCAGGGGAAGUUUGCCAAUUUCAGGGCACCAUUUGCCUAAUCAUCCUAAUUUUGCACCAUUUCCAGCUGAUCCUGGAUUUGCAGAAAGAGCUGCAAGGUUUUCUUGUUUUGCUAACAAGAAUUUAGGUAGCCUAACUGGCCCAAUUGGGUUGAAUGAGCCUGAAAUUUUACACCAGAGAAUGGUUCCAUCAUCUUCUGGGAAGCUCUCCAGAGUUUCAAGCAACCAGUCCAUGAAAGUUUCUUCUGGAUCUCAACUUGAUGUUGUAGUUCAAGAAAAGAAAGAUGGUUGUUUGCAGGAUGUUGUUCCAGUUCCUUCUGAGAGGAAAUUCAGUAAGUUGUCUAGAUCAUCGACACCGGAAAACGCGGAAUUCGGUGAUUCCAGGGAGAAUUCUUCACUUUCUGAACAGAUCACUGGAGGUGGGGAAACUGCCACAAAUGCUCAAAAUGAUGCCAAUUCCAGAAAGAGGAAGUCAGUUCCAAAAGGGAAAGCAAAAGAACAGCCCUCUUCAUCAAACUCUGCAAAGGUUGCCAGUGCUACAGCAGUGAAUAAUAAUGAAUCAAACCCAAAAAGAAGCAAGUCAAGUGAAGAAAAUGGAAAUGAGAAAGAUACAACAAAGUCCAAGGCAGAGAAAGAUGAAAGUGAUGGAAAUGAGAAACAAAAUAAAGAGAAUUCAAAGCCAGAGCCACCAAAGGACUACAUUCAUGUUAGAGCCAGAAGGGGUCAGGCAACUGAUGCACACAGUCUGGCAGAAAGGGUGCGCAGAGAGAAGAUCAGUGAAAGAAUGAAGCUGUUACAAGAUCUUGUACCAGGCUGCAAUAAGGUGACGGGAAAAGCUGUCAUGCUUGAUGAGAUCAUAAAUUAUGUCCAAUCUCUGCAACGCCAAGUUGAGUUUCUCUCCAUGAAAUUGGCUACAAUUAAUCCAAGAAUGGAGUUCAAUUUGGAAACUCUUCUAUCCAAAGAUGGCCUUCAAUCUCAAGGGUCUUUGCAUCAUAGCAUUUACCAACCAGAGACUUCACCAAGAGGAUUUCCUUUACCAAUUCAAUCUCCAAAUGGACCCAAUUUUGCCAGUCCUAAUAAUGGCCAAGAAUUGCCAUUCUCAAUGAACCAUUUGAAUGGUGCCAUUGGUAGAAAUCAAGGCAUCCAUUUGCCACCUCUGGACAAUUUUGGUGAAUCUGCUUCACAGGUAAUGAAAAAAGAAUCUCAUCAGCUCUUUUUCCGAUGUGGGACAAUACUUCUGACAUGGAAUAAAAGUGUAAUCUUGAUUUUUUUUUAUAUUGCUUUAGGUCUCAUCAUUCUGGGAGGAUGAUCUCCAUACUGUUGUUCAGAUGGGCUUUGGACAAAAUCAGACACAGAAUUUUCAAGGUUAGUUCUGUUUGGUUCGAUUUUUUGAUUGGGUUUUUUCGGAUUUUUAAUUAAUAUCUGUCCCAUUCUAACAUACAUUUUUUACAUUCCCAAUAUCAAAAAAAAAAUACGUACUCAAAAACGACCCAAACAUAGCAAUGUCACAUUUGUAUUUGAGAUUUUGUAGCAAAAGAACUUUUUUUUUUUCGGGAUCACUUUGUUGUAUUAAUUUCUAACAUUUUUGAUGCAUUGUUGCAGGCAUAUUGCCCACAAGUCAAAUGAAGGUUGAGAAUUGAACAUGUGAAAAAGAGUACUAAUUUCAACAUAUGAUUGAUUUUGCAUUCAAUUGAAGCCCCGAAUGAGUGAGGCUUCUGUACAUAACCAGAAAGAAGGUGGAAGUUUCCUUCAGAAAAUUCGGAUCUCUUUUGAAAGAGGAAAUUAAUUUCUUUUUUUCCUAUUCUUAAUUUCUACUAAUAGAACUGUAAUUUCUGUCUAUUAUUAUCAAUUUUUUAGAGAAUUUUUCACAAUCCUCUUUGGCAUUUAUAAGAUCUAAUUGUAACAUGAUGAUUAGAACUGUUUUAAAGGGUUGAUUAGAAAGGACGGAUAAAUAUGUAUUUCAACCCUUUUUUUUCAACACAUUUUUUCACUGUUCAGAAUUGUAUCACUAAUUUAUUUGAACAUUUUUGUAUAAAGUAAGUAAAGUAUCUCUUUUUCCUC